GGUUGGCACUUCCCUUUGAAACUGGAGCAGGCUGGUUGUAGUUCACACUUGCGAAAGAGAAAACCGGAGAGCUGUGUUACUUUGUAUAUGGGAAUUUAGUGGUAAAGAAACCAUAGCAGGAAGAAUGCAUUUGGGAUUACGGUCGCUUCUUAAACUGUUACUCCUGUGUCAGUUAUCAGCCUCGCUCAAUUUUUUCCAUCACCGCUACGAUGACCUGGUGAGAGCGCUGUUCAACGUACAAAAUGAGUGUCCGUACAUCACCAGGAUUUACAGUAUUGGAAGAAGUGUCCAAGGAAGGCACCUUUACGUCAUCGAAUUUAGUGAUAAUCCAGGAAGACAUGAAAUCCUGGAGCCAGAAUUUAAGUAUGUUGGAAACAUGCAUGGCAAUGAGGUCCUCGGGAGAGAGCUCCUGAUCCAACUGGCUGAGUUUUUAUGUGAAGAAUAUCAAAAUGGUAAUGAGCGGAUAACCAGGCUAAUCCAGGACACGCGGAUCCAUAUCAUGCCUUCCAUGAAUCCAGACGGGUAUGAAGUGGCAGCAGACCAGGGACCAGACACAAAUGGAUAUCUUACUGGAAGAAACAACAUCAACGAAGUGGAUCUUAAUCGUAACUUCCCAGAUCUCAAUAUUGUCAUGUAUUUCAAUGAGAAAAAUGGAGGACAAAAUCAUCACAUUCCUCUGCCAGACAACUGGAGAAACCAGGUAGAACAGGAGACAUUGGUAACAAUCGAAUGGAUGAAAAGUUAUAAUUUUGUGCUUUCUGCAAACUUACAUGGUGGGGCUGUAGUAGCCAACUACCCAUACGAUAAAUCCAAAGAUCUGAGAACAAGGGGUUAUCGACGCACUGGCUAUACAGGUACACCCGACGACAAGCUUUUUAAAAAGCUUGCGAAGGCUUAUUCUUAUGCGCAUGGUUGGAUGCACCAAGGGUGGAACUGCGGGGAUUACUUUCCAGAUGGAAUCACCAAUGGGGCCUCUUGGUAUUCACUAAGCAAAGGAAUGCAGGACUUUAACUACCUUCACACAAACUGUUUUGAAAUUACGCUGGAGCUAAGCUGUAACAAGUUCCCCCGGGAGGAAGAACUGGAGCGAGAGUGGCUCGGUAAUCGUGAAGCUCUGAUCACAUACAUCGAAGAGGUCCACCAAGGCAUUAAAGGCUUGGUAACAGAUGAAAAUAAUAAUGGAAUAGCGAAUGCAGUCAUCUCAGUUAGUGGUAUUGAUCACGAUGUUACCUCUGGCACUGGUGGUGAUUAUUUUAGGCUAUUGUUGCCCGACACAUACAGUGUAACAGCUUCGGCGGAUGGAUAUUAUGCAAAGAUCUCAACUGCGACAGUUAGUCCAGGGGCAGCGACGCGGCUCGAUUUUCAGUUGAAACAGGUAAAAGUAUCAAAUUCAAGGGAAAAGAUCCCAUAUAAAAAUAUGAAUGGCAAAAACCACAUAAGAAAGAUUGUUCCAAGAUCGGUGGACAGAAAGAGAAGACAAUGAGAACCUAACCAAAUUAUGGCGGUUAUCACCCACACCUUACCUCUUAUAUCCUGAAGGUCGUUCAACAGCGUUUGGCGGAGGAAAGAUUGAUUCACCAAUAAAAGGACUGAAAACAGCCAUCAACAAAAUUACAGAAGAAAGAAAACAA